AAGAAUGUUCAGUGUACACUCAGCUGCUCUAAAACAAACCACGCUCCUAUGAUAACUCUUUUUCUCGGCCCUAGGGCUGUACUUAAGUGCCCUGUGGCAAAAGUUUAUUGAUCCACUGAUAACGUAUAAGCUGAAUGACUGUAUUUGCAAUUAUAAGCUGUUUCGUUUUUUAUGCGAAAUUGUGAUGGUGAACGAAGUCCCAAAAAGUGCAAUUGUGGGUUAGAAAAUGCAAUGCUAAUUUGUGAAACGUCUGGAAUUGAAAACAGGCAAAAUAAAGAUGAGGGUUCAUGUCUUGAAGACGGAAACCGUUUCAGCAGUUUUUUCCAGUGUGACUAACAAGCAUGUGUCGAGUACUUAAGCUCAGCAAACGUUGAAGACAAUAGAAAUGGAUGUCUGUAAUUCUUUUCACCAGGGAUCAAAUACUUCUGAAUAAUUGAAUCUUCCUAAUGUAUUGAAAGGGGAAACGCUGGCCAUUGCCCUUUGUCCAAAUAUUUCUGCAGGGAAGAUCUACUUGAAUGGGACAGAAGCUUUGGUCAAAGGCCUAGAUAUUCCCAGUCCUGUUAUGGGGUCUGUAAACAUGGUACCAUUGGUUCAUAUAGUGGAAUCUUUGGGUGGUCUUGCACUUGCACCCACGCAGUCUCAAACCUUAUCAUCCAUAUUGGUGCCAGUGGAUGUCCUAAAGGAUCAACAGUUGCAACAUGCACUGCCAUUAAAUGAAUCUAUAAUGGUCAUAUCAGAUGAACAUAUACCGUCGGCAUCAAUGCAACAUGACUUCGAUAUUGGUUUGGUCAUGCCGGACUGCUCUGAAACAGUGCCCACAAUACUAGGUGUCCGAGAUCUCUCAGGUGAUGGUACAUUAGUAAUUGAAAACAUUGCAAUAGAGCCAUCCUCAGAAAGCUGCUAUUCUACUGCAGCAACACAGAUGUGUUCCUCAGAACUGGUUGCAUACUUGCAAACUGCCUCCACAGUUCCUUUACUUGAAAUGAGUCCUCUUCCACCUUUGAUGCCGAGCACAGAGACAGUAUUAUCACCAGCAAUUACAGGACCCAUUACUUCCACAGUACCAAUUGUGUCUAAAUAUGCUGAUGAGCUGUUUCAGUCUAAUUAUGUCUCUGAACAAGUUGAAAGUGACCUUCCAGAAAGUGAAAUGUGCAAUGAAGCCGAGCUGGUGUCCAUUGUGGUGGAUCUACAGAAGAAAGUGAGGGCUUUUCAACAAAGACACAGAAGGCACUGUUCAAAGCUGGAGGUCAUGGAGGGUGUGGUUGAACAACUUAAGAAUGAAAACUUAAUUUCGGAGGAGAAACUUAAUUUUUUACAAGUGGCCUGUCUCCAGUCUAAUCAUGCACUACCAGAGAGCGGCAACUCUUUUGCAAUUAUUUGCCAAGAAGAUGAUCAGACUUUCAUGUACUCACUCCCUUUACUACGAGAGGAAGAAACUGAGACAGUUUUUGAGAUUGAGGAGCAGUGACAGUAAAUAUACUGUCAUUGAGACAUAAGACAUAAGCCAUAAUAGUCAAACCACUUUGGGAAAUAUCUUUCUAAAAGAUAAAAGAGAAACACCAUCAAUCAUUGAUUCUCUUAUUUUUAACCUUAAUUUAAAGAACUUUUUAGGUUCAUUCUGAUGCAAAUUCUUUUGGAUUGUUGUAAUUUUUUAUUUUGCUAGACUUAUUGGUAGCUCUAAUCAGAGUAACAAAUUGUUGAAGAGAUCUAUUUUGACUCAAAAUAAAAUUGUAUUGUAAAAUUUUUUUUAACACAGCCUGUACUAGCUUCAGGAAAAUUGGGAGCUUUAUAUACCAAACCUAUUCAUGAAUUAGUCAUGCCAUUAGCUACUGAAGGUCAGAUUUUGAUCUAGCAAAUAAAAGCAAAGACUGCCUCAGUUUCAGUCUUCCUUUAGAAAAAUAAUAACGUUUUAUUGAGCUGUCUGUUCUUUAUUGUUAUUAAUAAUAUAUUUAACUACGUGGGUUUUAUUAUCCACCACUUAAGCAAAAUGAAAUCACACUAUAAGCCAAUAAUUGUGCUUUGAUAUUCUCACAACUCCAUGUUUCGGAUGUCACUGAUACAUGGGUCUCUGUAUAUUUCUAUUCUCUGUUAGGACAGGUGGUUUUAACUGAAAUAAAAUUGCUUUACAAGUGAAUACAUUUUCGAACUUGGAAUACCUUUACAACAAAAUGUGUUGCAGUUUAGCAUAUAAAGAAAUGUUUACAAAAGAAUGUAAAAAGCUAGGUCCUAGUUGCUGAUAUUUACUUGAACCUUUUACCGAUUGUUUGCUAAUGAUUGUGCUUUAUUGCCUUGAUUGUUGUGAUGAGAAGAUGAAUUUAUGAUAAAUAUUUUUCUUUAAA